GAAACAACAUGCAUGAACACGUUGUGGAACCCGAUCUCUUCGUCGUCUGACACUCUCCGCGUCGCUGGGUCUGCUGAUCGGCUUCCUCUAUGCCAACCUAAUAAUACACAGCAAGACUGACCAGAGAUUUGCCUCACUUUUCCUGCUGCGACUGUUACCGAACCUCUUUCGAAGAUCGGCCUUAUCUGUCUUCGUAGCCGAUAGCGAUAACACAUGAAUAUCACAAAUUGCUGAGUGGCUCUCCAUCUCUGCAUCCUCUAGCCGCUCUUACUAGAAAUUGAGCCUUCACGCGCAACUCACUACUCGCCGAAUUCUGGUCGCUUGUCUCAAGCCAUGCAAUGCGGAACACAAAUCUAGAUCUUGUCGUAAAACUCGUAAUGCCAGCCGAAAUUCAAAAAGUGCCUAGCAAUGACGCAAAAAACGUCCCAAACCCGCCAGCCGACCCUCCCCUGGAUUUUAGAGUUGGCUGGGCUAGUCCCUCCGAGGGACAAAUGAACAUUCAUGUCUCCCUCGCUGCCGAUGAGGAAGGGGGUCAGACGGCACGGCCGAUGUCCCUGGAAAAC